GAGUCCUGCAUGGCUCUAGCCCUUGCUCUUGCCCUCUCUGCACUUCCAGAUUGUGCCAGGCCCCCGGGGAAGCUUCUUCCCAGCUGUGCACACAUUUUGUUCACUGCGUCCAUUUAAGAAGCAAGCCUGACUCAGGCUGCCCUUGGCUCAUUCUGAUUCACCAUGACUGUGAAGAGAACUGGACAGACUUCCUGCUGGUUAAUGAGUACCAGCGUCCUAACUGGGCCAAGGCUGGGCUUCCACACUGGCUUCACCCUGGAGCACGUUGGCAGAUGAGUGGGUGGCAGGAGUCGGGGCCUCCCUUAGAUGUAUAUAGGCACCGGCAUGAUAGAGGAGGGCCCGUGACUCGAGGCAAGCUGGGCGGAAUGCAGGAGCCCCACUGUGCUUCUAGAAGCUGGGUUCCCACUGCCGCUGCCACAUACCCUGACUUCCCACUCAGGUGCCAGGAUCCGACUUGGAACACUCGGCCUGACAAACAGCUUCUCUUGGAAUCGACCCACCUGUUCCUUUGUUAACAUAAACAAGAGCUCUUCUGUACGAGCCCCAUGGCAUCCUGCCCCGUCCUGCAGAAGGAGAAAGUGUUCCAGUCAGGAGCCCAUGCCUACAGAAUCCCCGCUCUGCUCUACCUGCCUCAACAGAAGACACUGCUGGCCUUUGCAGAAAAGCGAACGAGCAAGAAGGAUGAGCACGCAGAGCUGAUUGUCCUGCGCAGAGGGAGCUAUGACGCAUCCACCCACCAUGUCCAGUGGCACGCUCAGGAGGUGGUGGCCCAAGCCCAGCUGGAGGGCCACCGGUCCAUGAACCCAAGCCCCUUGUACGAUGAGAAGACAGGAACCCUCUUCCUCUUCUUCAUUGCCAUCCCCGGGCAGGUCUCCGAGCACCACCAGCUGCAUACGAGGGUCAAUGUGACGCGGCUGUGCCAGGUCACCAGCACUGACCACGGCAGGUCCUGGAGCCCUGCCAGGGACCUCACUGGCCCUGCCAUCGGCGCAGCCCACAAGGAAUGGGCCACUUUUGCGGUGGGCCCGGGACACUGUCUGCAGCUGCACAACAAGGCCCAGAGUCUGGUGGUGCCCGCCUAUGCUUACCGGAACCUCCGCUCCCUCCCGAGGCCUUCCCCGUUCGCCUUCUGCUUCGUCAGCCACGACCACGGGCACACGUGGGAGAGGGGAAACUUUGUGGCCCAGGACACCCUGGAGUGCCAGGUGGCUGAAGUCGGGGGUGCGGAGCGGAGGGUGGUAUACCUGAAUGCCAGAAGCCCGCGCAGGGCCAGGGUCCAGGCCGAGAGCACCAACGAGGGGCUCGACUUCACGGAGGCCCAGGCGGUGAAGGAGCUCGUGGAGCCUCCCCACGGCUGCCAAGGGAGCGUCAUCAGUUUCCCGAACCCCCACGCGGGCUCAGGAGCCUGCGACCGGUGGCUGCUCUACACUCACCCGACCGACCCGCAGCGCAGAGCCCACCUGGGCGCCUACCUCCACCGGCGGCGCCCGGGCCGCAAGGCCUGGUCCGAGCCCGUCCUGCUGGCGGCCGGCGGCUGCGCCUACUCCGACCUGCAGGCCAUGGGCGCCGGCCCCGACGGCUCGCCCCAGUUCGGCUGCCUCUACGAGUCGGGCCACUACGAAGAGGUCGUCUUCCUCAUGUUCACCCUGAAACAAGCCUUCCCCGCUGAGUUUGUGUCGCCGUGAGCCGUCGUGUGGCCCCAGGAAGGACUCCGGCUGAGAGGCUCAGGCCUUUGCCUCUGGUUUUCCGGUUUUCCCUGGGUCCCCCUCGCCCGGGGAGGCCGCUUCCCUAGCGGGAGCACGUGGGGACUCCUCUCGGCUGGUCCUCCAACUCCUUUGAUGGUCCUUCUAAGGAUUCCACUCUCAGCCCACAGGUUGAGGGAGCCUGGCUUCCCAGGAAGGCCCCUGGACGGGCGUGCGGAGAGGCGGCGCUCCGCAAGGCCCAGGCUGCCUGCUGCCGGCCCCGGCGAGUGCGGGGCUUGCUAAGUGACGGGGUCCAGGCCCUUUCCUCUGGGUAAAUGCUCCUCAUGUUCCUGGGGAGAGGCUGGGACAAGGAUGCAAAUUAGCAGAGGGGCGUGUGUGUGUGCGUGUGCAUAUGUGCACACGUGUGCUCACGUGUGUUCUCAGUGAUGCCUUAGAGCAGACAGCACAGGAGACAGCUUUGCAGGGAGGUAGGGCAGGGCUAGGAAAAUUAAGCCAAUCUGAGUCAUUGUGUUAGUUUCCCGGGGCUCCCGUAACAAAUCAGUACAACUUUGGUGGCUUGAAACAACAGGAAUUUAUUCCCUGACAGUUCUAGAGGCUAGAAAUCCAAAAUCGAAGUGUCAGCAGGAUGAUACUCCCUCCGAAGGCCCCAGGGGAGAACCUUCCUUGCCCUUCCAGCGUCUGGUGACUUCCACUCAUGGCUACCCACCUUCCCUUAACGCCUCUAUCUAUGAAUAGUUUUCUUCCCUUCUCCUGUGCUUUCGCUUCUGUCUCUUACAAGGACACCUGUCGUUGGAUUUAGGGCACAGCCAGAUAACCCAGGAUAACCCUCCACUCAAUUAUAUUUGCAAAGACUCUUCCCAAUAAUGUCACAUUCACUGAGGUUAGGACAUCGAUUUAUCUUUUGGGGCCACCCUUCAAUCCUCUACAGGCAUCAUAAGUGAUUUUGGAACAGGUGAUGUGGCCAAAGGUGGGAAUAAAAUUCAGAUGAAUCAGAUAAUUCCAAAGAACAAAGAGGGUAAGAGGGGCUGGGCUGUUGGAUGUGCAUUGGUGACACAGAGCUGCUCUGGGGCAUUCAGUCCUUGUGGUGACAGGAAUGCCACCCUGUGGAGGCGAAGAGAGAGGGGAAGGGUGCUGAGCCUGUGGAGCCUUUGCUGUAUAGAAAUGGCA